AUGAUCUUCAAGUGCUGGGUUUAUAUAUUAAUAUCUUCAAGUUUUGCUGCCCUUUUGAACGCUGAAUUUGUUUGUCCGAAUCCAUCCAUCAAAAAAGACUAUGGUCUCACUGGAGCUAUUCCUUCCGGAGCAACUUCCAUGGUCAAAGUGCCUGCAGGGACAUCUUGCACAUAUUUAUUCGACAUCCCAAAAGGAUAUGCAAUGAAAGUUGAAACAUCGGCCAUUUACGAUGCUUCACAUGAUGUUCAUAUCAAAUUCGACAAUUUUUACAUUGCUUCUCCGGCAGUCAAAGAAGUAGAAUAUGCUGUCAACCAGACCCUCGCCUAUGAAGUUGUCUCUGUGACUGGAAAUUUGACAUUUUCGCCACCUACUCAUUCAUUGAUAUGUCAAUUUAUGAACAAGUUAUCAAACCAACUGGCACAUACUUCAAUACUACUCUCGAAUCAAACAAGUUUUACACUGUGAAAGCAUUGGAGAACGAUCAGGUGGGGCUAAAGUAUGGCUCUCUUCCGGAAACAAUCUAUGAUCACUCGAUCUACGAAAUAUUUGUAUUUGAUGGAGAAACUAUUGACCCUUCAAAUUAUUUGGGCAGAUUCACUUAGCUGUACAAUGCACCUCAAUUUGCAGUGUAUUCCACUUCAACCACUUUGACAUUAUUGAAUCUUUAUGGAACACCGUCUGAAUCAUUCUUUGUGACAAAUGAUGCAUCUACAAUCGAAAAUAUGGAUCAAUACCGAAUAUUGAUUAUUGAUUCGGACAAAAAGUUAAAUGGAACAAUGGUGAAUGUUAAUAAUAAAAAUGAUUCGUGGUUCACUUUUAUCUUCAAUCAAUGUGCCACGUUUUUCCUCGAGUCAAUUACUUUCGAUUCAAAAUACAAAGGUGGUGAAAACGGUUAUCUUGAAAUCCAGGAAAUGACCCCGACGCAGAAGCUUCAACCAAUGAUCAAGUAUCCAUAUUCUCCUAACACCUACAAAAAUAUUCAUCGAUUAAUUCCAUCCCAGAUUGCGACUUUUCAUGUUCAAAGCGCAUGUAUUCACUUUUCCAUUAAACCGAAUUAUCAGCAAGUAGUCGGUACUACUAGUGCCUCCCAAUCUGCUAGCUCUUCGAUGACAACCGGUUACGCUGAAGCAACAACAAGAGGAGCGAGUUUUCUUUUUUCUGCAUCAUCCUUCAUAAUUAUCGUUGUUAUUUUGCUAUUAUGA